GUCCCGCCUGCAGGUUCACGUGUAUUUUGCCUUGGCCCACCUGCCGUACUUAGCCAUGUUGCUGGCCGUGACGGGCUGUGAUACGCCCAGCACUCCCAAGCUAUCAGUGCGAGCCGUCCCAAACUCCCAGAAUUAGAGCGUCGAUCGACACCCGUUUGGCUGGCAGCGGUGCAUCUUCUGUGAGGUAUCCCUAGCACUCUCAUGCAGUGCAGAGAAUCCUCGAGUGACCCACCUCUUUGGAGAUAUUUCUCGUCCCGUAACUCCCGUUGCGGCUGUGGCAUUCCGUCUGCGGCGCAUGUUCGGCGAUUUUCUGCCUUCGGUUCGCUGACCAAGUACUCCGUAGCCGAGCUCGUCGAGGACUGGCAGGAUGGAUAUUCAAGUUUGAAUGCGGAAGCCGCAGUCGCAAAGUCGGUGGAAAUGGCAUUUGGCUUUCAGCCUAUCUCGGAAGAUGUCGGGUGGCCGCUCCAAUGUCCACUCAGCACCCGCGAUCUCAAACGGCCGGCCCCCAUGUGGCUGGGUCAGAUCGAGUUGGACAAGAAAAUUUUCCUUCCCUUUCGCCAAGGCCAAGCACAACAAGGUUCAAAAAGUUGCGCUGUUUUACACGUUCAACGUUCAAUCGAUUGCAACUGCUCUAUGUUGGGUCUUUGCUCGGCUUGAGAUGGUUUCGAUCGAUGGCGGGGUAAUUUGUGUGCUGGGUGUUUCGGUUGGAUGGAGUUGCGGCGCUGCCGGUCCCCACUUCAACCUUCCCGUGCCGGAUUGACGGAGAAGAAGCCGGCAAAACCUGGAAGUUAC